AAAGCACACAGGAAGUAUUGCAAAGUCACAAGUCUCAAGAAAAGCCAGCAGCACUGUUAGACCUGAGAAAGGCAAUGUGAAAGAUGUACGGGCAGCAGCGCAUCUUCCUGCUCAUCUUCAUGGUGGCUGUUGCCAUCACUAUUUCUCUGGCUUUCAACAUUGAUCUGAUAAAUCCUGAUGUCUAUAGUGGUAAACAAAAAGAUUUCUUUGGAUACAAAGUGCUUCAAUACAAUUCUGACACGACCAAAGGGAUAAUUGUUACUGCACCGCUGCAGCAAAACGGAUCAGGGGGAAUAUGCAAACUUGAACCAAACCAACCCAUGAAUUGCUUCAACUCCAAAGAAAUUUCUCAGACAAACACAAAAAUACCAGUCAAGCACCUUGGCCUGUCAGUAGCUGAAGAUUUCAAACGCUCCGAAUUUACAGUUUGCAGUCCAAGUGUAGUCCAUGAAUGUUAUGAGAACUCCUAUGUGAACAGCGUGUGCUACAAGCUCACAGAUCAUCUCCAGGAAAUCUCUCAUUUCACACCUGCUUUCCAAGAAUGCACAAAAAAGACAGUGGACCUCGUUUUUCUGUUUGACGGAUCAAAGAGUAUGACCGAAAAUGAGUUCAGCAAAAACAAAAAUUUCAUAGAAGAUAUAAUGAACAACCUUAAGAACUCAUCCAUCAAGUUUGCAGCAGUUCAGUUCUCCACACAGUACCAAAAAGUGUUUGACUUCAAUGACUAUCAAAAGGGUACUCAUCUCCUUAAACUGAAGAACGAACGCCAAAUGAAGAGUCUCACCAACACACACAGAGCCCUCACAUUUGUGCUGAAAGAAAUCUUGGAAAGUCCAGAUGCCGGUGCUUCUCCUGAUGCUACCAAAGUUCUGGUUAUGAUCACAGAUGGAGAUCCCAGCGAUGGAGAUGUGUCUGGGAUUUUAAAAGAAUAUAAUGACAAAAACAUAAUUCGGUUUGUCAUUGUGGUCAAAGGUGCUACGCUGGACAAAUUUGAAGAAAUUGCUUCAAAACCGAGAGAAAAAUAUGCAUUCAAAAUUGAGGAAUAUGAUGGACUCACAACAAUUCUGGAAAACUUUCAAAAAAAGAUCUUUAGUAUGGAAGGCACCAAAGAGGCUCAGGCAGGAGACAUGACUGAUGAAAUGUCUCAGAGUGGAUUCAGUGCUGUCUUCUAUAAUGAGAGACUGAUUCUGGGUUCAGUGGGAUCUAACAGCUGGCGUGGUUCUCUUCAAGACAUUCAUGGAGAAGACAAAACACAAAUUGAGGAUCCACUCAUGGAGAUGGACUCCUACAUGGGAUACUCUAUAUCUGUUGGAAAGAAGAAUAACGCUGCUCUGUAUUUCACGGGUGCACCACGAUUUAACCACACAGGACAGAUCAUUCUUUUCAGACAAAAUGGCAAGAAGUGGUACGCAGCACAAAAGAUUGAAGGGAAACAGAUUGGUUCCUACUUUGGUGCAGAGCUGUGCUCAGUAGAUGUCAACUCAGACGGUGACACUGAUUUCCUGCUGGUGGGAGCUCCACUGUUUUACCAGCCUCAAGAGAAGAAAGAAGGCCAGAUUGUCAUCUACACACUGACUAAUGAGAUGCAACUGAACAGUGAAUGGAAUGUGACUGCAUCAUUCUUGGGGAGAUUUGGCACAACCAUAUCCAGUCUCGCAGAUCUAAAUGGAGAUGGACUCAGAGACGUUGCUGUUGGAGCCCCCCUUGAGGACAAUAACAGCGGGGCUGUGUACAUCUACCUUGGUGACAGACAAAGAGGGAUACGCGAUACGUUCAGCCAGAGAAUCAUGGGACAGAAAAUAUAUCCUGGACUGAGAUUCUUUGGACAGUCAAUUGAUGGGGACAUUGACCUUGGAGAAGACGGACUCCCAGAUAUUGUGGUUGGAUCACAGGGCAAUGCUCUUGUCUUAAGGUCCAGGCCCGUCUUUAAUGUCAUGGCAAAACUUUCUUUUACACCUGAGGAGAUAAGCACUGACAAAAUUGACUGCCUGGACAACAAAGAUGAACAUUUACCAAUGGUAACCUUAACAGCCUGCUUUGAAAUGGUAGAAACAACAAAAAGCAAUACAGCAGAAAUGAGCUCUGGACUGAACAUCUCAUGGACACUCAAUGUGGAUCCAAUGAGACAAACACCUCGAGGUUUCUUCGGUCCAUCCCACAAGAAGGCUAGGAACCUUACCUCCAUGCAGGAGCUGAGAGAAGAUACCUGCUUCAACUACUCCAUCUACAUGCCAAAAUGUGUAAAAGACACAUUAUCACCCAUCAGCAUCAAAUUAAACUUUUCCCAAGUUGACAGUGAGAGAGCAAGUGCCAUCCUGAAUAUGGACAGCAAAAGGCAGGCUGCUGUUGAGGUUCCAUUUGAAAAGCAUUGUAGAAAAAAUGACACCUGUAUUGCCGAACUUGAGGUGGAUUUCAACUUCACGAGCCCAACAUUAUUGGUGGUGGAAAAUAACUACUUCAACAUUUCUAUAACACUGUCAAAUCACGGUGAUGACUCAUACUACACCAGCCUAACAAUGCACUAUCCUCCAGGCCUCUCCUUCUCUAUGAUGGCUCUUAAGAAGGCAACAAGACCAACGGUCCAUAGCUGCAGAGAUCUACAAGAAAUACAUGACAGAAGUAUAUGUGAUGUGAGCCGUCCUGUGUUUCGCAGCAGAACGUCUGCAACAUUUCGAACUUCCUUCCGUGUCUUGAACAAUUAUGAGUGGAAUGACACAAUUUCAAUGACUGUUACUGGGAAAAGUGACAAUGCAAACUCCACCAGGAUCUCUUCCAUGGCAAAAAGCAUCCCUGUACAGUAUCAAAUUAAAAUGGCAGUAACAGUGAAAGACGACCCUAUCACCUACAUAAACUUCACAGCUGAGGAUGCUGGACCUAAGAAAUUGGUUGCUAUAUAUAAGAUAGAUAAUCUUGGUUUCAAGGCUUUUCCCAUCAAUGUGUCCCUGUUCUUCCCAACUAAACUGGAGCAUAACUUCGAAAUGACGAACUAUAAAGUCUAUGUCCAGCAGAACAAAACUGAAUGCACAGCCACAAAUGACAUGAAUUCUGAAUACUGCACGCCAGAAAAAUACUGCAAAGUCAUAGUGUGUGACAGUUUCAUCCUGGAGAAAGAAUCACCCACUGAGUUCACAUUGUCAGGAGACAUACAGUUCAAGGAUCUCAAACAGCAUGCAGCGAAUAUGGCCUUCCUUAAAAGAUAUACUGGAGACAGUGCAGAGGUUAAAUUCAAAAGCUUUAUACAAGUUGACUACGACAAGAAUCGAUAUUUGCUGGACUCUCAUAAACAACAGCAGAAGUCUGGCAAUGAUCCAACAAUGAAAUGGACUGAAGUUCGGGUUGAGUUCAUUAUUCCCCCGAAUAAACUGCAGAUCAUUGCAACUGGAGCUGGAUUGGGAUUCUUGCUUUUGAUCAUAAUCGCCAUCAUCAUGUUUAAGUUGGGUUGCUUCAAGCGAAAAACACUUGAGUAUUAUCAAGAGAUGGAGGAUGAAGCUACUCGUCAGGCAGACACCCCUACCAAGUCCACCACUGCCUCCACCCAGGGAGCAGACAGCCACUCAGAGACUGACAACAAGCCUGACCCACCGCCAGAGGAAAAAACUCUCCUUGAUGAUGGUGAGACAAAUGGCAGCAUCCAACCAGCUGAUCCAGAGAAGGGACUGAAUUAAAUGGAUAAACCAACCUAACUGCUUGUGUCCACAUAGCGUUUUUCUUUGGCAGAAACGGUAGGGGUGGGUGACACCACAAAAUUUGUUUUUGAUCUGAUAAUACAGGGCCAGAAUCGCCAGCAUCGAUAUUGAUACCAGUACGAUACUUUUUGUUAUUAAAAGUGGUACAUUUCUUUAUAUACAGGAGAAAGCAGUUGUCAUGAUUUAUUAGGUGAAUAAACAAUGUACUUAAAUAACAGCUAAUGACGACCAAUUACAGUUUGAAAAUGUAACAUUAACCAAUGAUGAUGACUGGAUUUGAUUUAUAUAUUCAUUUCAUGACAAUAUACCGAGAUAUUCCUUUUUAUUUUAUUUCCCACUCUUUUUUGGGGGUUUUUUGUCACUGCUAUUAUUUGUUGGAUUUAAGUAGUCAGGCUCGGACAUACUCUCAUUGAAUGUCCACAAAACCGAUAUGGUCGCCCAGACUGCAUGGCUGCAUGCAUAGUACGAUUGCCAGAGCGCCUUGAAAAAAGACGCUUGGCAUGACGAUUUUUCUCUAGGCGGUCGCAUGCAACAGCAUACGCUCUGUCCUCAGUGGGAAUAAUUCAAAAACAACUCUGGCGCUGAGAAAAAGAAUGCUAUGUGGACACAGGCCCUAAGUGGACUGACUGAUUGAAUCCUAUCGGCUCCACUGCCGUGCCGGAGCGGAGACGCAACCAACACGCAUCUGGUGGAAAUUUGCCGUUAAAGCAUGCAGCAUGCACAGGAGCACAAUACUAGUGAGUGACAUUGUUGAAGGUAUAGCUCCACAUUUUGAGAGUUACGCUUCUAUGCUUUCUUGUUUAGAGUUAGAUAGGACUGAUACCACUCAGGAGAUAUUAGCUUAGCAUAAAGAUUGGAAACAGUGGAGCACUGUUAGCCCAGCUUUCUCUGAUUCUGACAAUCUUCACCUACCAACCGUCUCAAGCUCACUGAUUAACAUGUUAUAUCUUGUUUGUUUUAUCUGUACAAAAAACAUAUAUAUAUAUAAAGAGGACUUUUCAGCUUUCAGUUUUAGUUUUACAGGGGGUUGUGUGGCAGACUAUUUUUUGCAGAUUUUUAAGUUAGACUGUCUCCUAGCUCUAGGUUCAUAUCAACAAAGAGGGAAAUGUAGUUUGAUAAAGGCAAAAAAUUAACUCAAGGUCCGUUUUUUUAUUGUUAGCUUUUCUGAGCUAUGAAUGGCAUAUCUGUCCUCCUCAGCAGGUACUGUGUGCUCAGUUGGAGAUGACUUGGUCACGAGGUAACUGGUGGUCAGGUAUCGGGGGAUGACCACCAGACCUGAUUAAUAUGAUAUAAUAUAUAUGCCCUUGUGUGGGAGUAAGAGAGCUUAACACUCGUGUAUACUAAACAAAAAUUUAAACACAACCUUUUAAAUCAAAUUGUCACAAAUGUGUUAAAAUCCGUGUCAGUGAACACUUCUCCUUUUCCAAGAUAAUCCAUCCACCUGACAGGUGUGGCAUACCAAGAUGCUGAUUAAAUAGCAUCAUUACUACACAGGUGUGCCUUAGGAUGGUCACAAUAAAAAGACACUAAAAUGUGCAUCUUCACCUUGAAAAAAAGACAUUUAUUUGGAUUUUACAUAACUAAGUGCUACAAAAAUGCAGAUUUGGGUUCCAGAUACCCCAAAGAAUCAGUCAGUAUCUGGUGUGACACCAUUUGCCUCAAACAGUGUGACACAUCUCCUGACAUAUAGAGUCCUGUAGAAUGUUGGCCCACUCCUUUUUAGAUGCUGUGUGAAGUUGCUGGUUAUUGGCAGGAUUUGGAGCACACUGCUGUAGAAUAGGAGAAGUGUUCACUAACACUGAUUUUAACAAAUUUGUGGCCAGAAUUUGAUAGAAAUAUUGAGCGCAUGAAAAAAGUCUCAGAUCACAAACGUGUGAAAAGUGGUAGCAAAGCAAAGUGUUGCAUUUAAAUUUUUGUUAAUACUGUAUAAAAUACUUUACCUGGGCAAGCUGGUGGCACUUGGAGGCAUGGUGAAUGGAGGUAGAGGGAUACUGUAAAUAGUGUUGAGAAUGCUGGAAGUGGGUGUUAAUAAUUGUACAUCUUUGAGAUCAAUUUUUGUGUACAUUUGCGGUAUUGUAAACAUAUAUUCACUGUAAUAUCGUGACCUUCCUUUGUUUGUAUGUACAUUUUAUUUUUAAUUAGCUCCCAAGUGUUGAAGAUUUUCUUGUGGGUGCAGUGUAGGUGUGAUUUAUGAACAUAUUUUAAGCUCUCUAUCAAUAAAACAUUUUGUC